AUGAAUGCUGAAGGAAGGAGUGCUGGAACUUACGAUGAACUUCUUUACCAAAUUGAGGACAAGAAAGUGGAUAUUGUGGUGGGAGAUACCACAAUCGUUGCCAAUCGAACAUCAUAUGUUGAUUUUACAUUGCCAUAUUCGGAGUCAGGUGUGACCAUGCUUGUACCAAUUAAGCGUGAUAAACGCAAAAAUAUGUGGAUUUUCUUACGACCAUGGAGCUGGGAUCUUUGGUUGGCUGUCGUUAUGUAUUCUAUCUUUACUGGGAUUGCCAUAAGAAUCAUUGAACAUGGCACGCCAAACACAGAGUUUCAAGGAUCAACUACACGUCAAGUCGGCAUGGUAUUAUAUUUUCCAUUAUCAUCUCUAGUCGUUCCUCAAGGAAAAUUGGUCAGCAAAUACUCCCAGUUUGUAUUGAUCAUAUGGUUAUGCUUGGCAUAUAUUUUAUUGCAAAGCUACACAGCAAGUUUAUCUUCGAUUUUAACAAUCGAUCGGUUGAAACCUUCAUUUGUUAGCGUGGAUGAACUCAAAACAAAAGGUUAUUUUGUUGGAUAUCAAUAUGGUUCAUUUGUGAGAAAUGAUCUGUUAUUGAAUAAACUGAAAUUCAAUGAGUCCAAGCUUGUGCCAUAUCACACCAUCCAAGAGUAUCAUAAUGCUUUGUCUAAAGGGAGUGAGAAUGGCGGAGUUGCAGCUAUCUUCGACGAAAUCCCCUACGUUAGAGUCUUCCUUGCCAAAUAUGGUUCUGAAUACAUGAUGUCUGGACCAACAUACAAGACUGAUGGAUUUGGCUUUGCAUUUCCGCUAGAAUCUCGACUGGUCUCUUAUUUUUCUACAGCGAUCUUACGUGUGAGGGAAAAUAAAACACUGGAUGAUAUUGAGAAGAGAUAUUUUGCGCAUGAACUUACUUCUCAAAGUGAUAAUGCUGAUCCAAUUGCUACUAGUAGUCCCAGCCUUGAUGUUUAUAGCUUUGGAGGUCUCUUCAUCAUCACAGGGGUCGCUACCCUAUUUGCCCUUUUCAUAUCACAAAGCUGGCUUUGGCAAAAGCCUGUUGCAAUGGCGAAAGAUUAUACACAAAAAUACCUUGCAUCUCAUUCACCAAAUAAUACAGAGGAAAUUGUCAUUCAAUCAACAACUGGGAAUGAGAUGAACGUCACUGAACAAUCCUCAGUACCGGAAGUUGAGAGUACUUCUGAGAACCCUCCUAGAAUGUCCAACCUGCAGAUUGAUGAAAAUGUUUCUGCAGAACAAGCUAAGUAA